CCUUAUAUUUGAAAGGAAAAUCCAGGUUUUCCUCUGGAGAAUAUACGAGUAUAUUUCGCAUGUAUGCGUUUUGAGUUCGUUUACCGAGAUUUCUGAUGAGUUUAGUGAUUAUCAUCGUUUUUUUUUCGUGUGUAAGAAUUAAUGAUGCUUCUGUAUGAGAUGAUGUGGAGGAUUAAGAUUUGUUUAAAGCUAAUAAUGCUUGAAAAAUGGGGUACAGUGAAGAUGUAGUCUGAUUGUAACUAGUUUGUGAUACUUUUCAAGUCAACGAAAAAAAUGGAAUAUAGAAAAAAGGAUAAAGGCGAGCUACGCUGUAAGAAGAAAGGGAAAUCAAGAGGGAAAAACAGCGGGAAAAGCACCGGGAAAACAUCAUGCCAGUUGGCGAUGAGGCUAUUGGUUUUCGUGUGGUGUUACUACUGCGGCUCCUUUACAGUGUCAGCAGUGUUAGUGUUCGACUCUACAGCCCUGCUAAACGAAAUUUUGAUACCGGCUGAUGCGGCUGUAGGGUCUGUAAUCUACAGACUAAGAGUUUCGGAUACAGCUUUCGACUACCCGUUGAUUUUCGAUCUGAAAGAAACCACAACAGUGGCUGUUGAAGCUUUAAAUUGUACCAGAUUCAAUUCAGUGUGCCAAGCAAAUGUAAUUUUGAGGAAAAAACUCGAAGCUGGAAGAUUCUACGACUUCAAAGUGGAAAUCAGGAACCAAAGAGGCCAAAGUGCCACCAUGAAUUGUUCGUUUUUCGCCACAAAUGCCACAACACCCAUAGAAAAAAUCUUUCCAGGUGCCCCUUCAUUGCUUACCAUAUCCGAAAAUGCCAGAAGGAACACAGAACUGGGUUCCAUCAUAGCCAAAGGAAAUCCAAACAGGAUGAAGUCCGUUUAUUUGGAACUCUACGGAACUCUGGAAUUUGGAAUACACCAAAAACUGAUUUCUGAAAAAGACGCCGAAGGAACUAUAAUACUAUUUACACCGCUGGAUUACGAAACAAAGACAGUACAUCAUUUGACAGUCCUAGCAAACGAUCCCUGGACUAACAUGCAGGAAGACACUAGAAAUAUUGCUGGAUGGCCUUUGUUGGUUGCUGUAAUUGAUGAGCAAGAUACUCCUCCUAUUUUUACUAUAGCACCACCAACCACAACACUGAGUCCUACAUUAAAACCUGGAGAUAUAAUUCUAAGAGUCCAUGCAGAAGAUGGCGAUAGAGGCCAACCUAGAGCAAUACGUUAUUCUUUAGACCAUGAUAACCCUACCAGUACUCUGUUUGAAAUUGAAGAAAGCUCAGGUGAACUAACGUUGAGCAGGCCUAUGUCCCAUGUCAUGUCUUUAUCAAACCAAGGACAACCAAUUUUGCUCAAAGUAACUGCCGAGGAAGUCAGAUCAAACCCACAAGAAGCCCCUUCACAAUCUACCACAGUCCAGUUGGCGUUAAUACCACCAGGUAUCACCACUGGAUCACCUACAUUCGGAGCAAUUGAAUACCAUGCUCUCCUUGACGAGAAUUCACCUGUUGGUACUGACCUAGACUUACCCCAAGCUGAAAUCACUACUGAACCCGGUGAUGUAGUCACUUUGGAGCUACAAAAGAAUAAUGGAACCUUCGAUAUAUCACCCAGUGUUGUAGAAGGUUUUGCCAGGUUCAGAAUUACUGUUCAUGACAAUCGACUGUUAGAUUACGAAGCUAGACAUUAUGUGGAGUGUUUUAUUGUAGCUAAAGAGUUGGGUAAAGGUAAUUACACAGCCAGGGCAAAACUGACAGUUGUUUUGAAUGAUGUAAAUGAUAACCCACCGAGAUUUGUUAAAUCAGAAUUCAGAGGAAAUGUUCCAGAACACGCUGCAGUCGGUACCACAGUACUAAUUGUAGAAGCUACAGAUGUUGAUAGAGAACCAGGAAGCAAAAUAAGAUAUAUGGAGCUGAGUGGCGAAGGAAGUGACUUAUUUAAUUUAGAUCCCGAAACAGGCUUAGUUACAGUAGCUAACUCCGAUGGUUUGGACGCAGAAACAUUUCCUACUAUAUCCCUUAUUGUUACUGCAGCUGAUGAAAGCGGUGAAGGACUCACAGCAACCUCUAAAAUCCUUAUAAACCUCCUGGACAUCAACGAUCACGCUCCCAAAUUCGAAAAAGACAUUUACGAGUUCAUCCUCAACACAGACAGACUCACGUUCACCACUCAAGCCUUCAUCAAAGCAUUUGACAACGAUAUUUCACCUCCAAAUAACGUAGUGAUGUACCAGCUGAUCACGCCAAACGAAAACUUAUUUGUGAACGAAAAAACUGGUGAAAUACUUGUGAAAAAAGCUUGGGAUAAUGAUGAAUUGGUCACGUUAAGAGCACAGGCGUAUGAUGAAGGUGUUCCGAGAUUGUCUAGUGAGUGUGAAAUAAGGAUUUAUCCUCCUGAAUCAAAAUCUCGCAAGAUGGUUUUUAUUUUACCUGGAAAAUAUCAGGAUAAGUAUGAGGCUGAGAAAACUUUAAGUGCUUUGACGGGUGGUACAGUUGAAGUGAAUGAAGUGAGGCCUUAUACUGGGUUCGAACCUGGUGCUACAUACGUUACAAGGGAACAGAAUGGAGAAAAAAGCGUCGUUGUUGCUACUGUUCACUACACCAAAGACUCUGUAGUUGACGUGAAUAGAAUUCAACAACUGCUCGACGAUCAACAACAGCGUCAACAAAACGUGCAGAAUCAAAACCAACAGAACGUUAUAAGAGAAACUGAGAAAACCACAAUCAAACAAAGCUCAAGCGGUGAUCUUCUGUGGCUAGUGAUCUUAUUUAUUGUACUAGGAAUUAUAGCUGCGAUCAUACUGAUCCUCUGUUGCAUUUGCAAGCAGUGUCCGUUUUACAUUGCGCCAAAGAGGCGUAAAAUCACUAGUGCAGAUAUUGUAGAAAAACUUGUAGUAAAAGGUUCUGGCCAGGGUAGAGAAAGCAAGUCAGUACAGGUUGCUGAGUGGUUUGGUAGAAAAGAAGCUUGGAGUGCUGACAAAGAACCAGUUGCAGUCAUGAUUGAUCCUGAAUCAGAGUCACUCAGAAGACAUGAAAUGGAAAGGGGUUCAGAUCGUGGAGGAGUCAGACAGAAUAACUUGAGACACCAACACGUACAGCAAAGUCUGAACAUGCAACAUCUAAAUCAACAAGACAAUAUGCGAGAUCAGCUGUACAUAAGAGAAGGAAAUGCUGAUAUCUUAAGAUUAAUCACUAGAGCUGGCGGAGAAGCUAGAAGAAAUAGUGCAACAUUCUUAGACCAGCAACAGCAACACUAUUUUGUUGAUAGCGGUAAAGAUAUUCUUCUAAAACGAUUCAUUGAUCAACAGCAAGCCGAAGCAGCCAGAGCUCAAGUUUUGUUACCUAAUGCCGUAAACAAACUUCAAACUGAGCAGGAAUUCUUGGAAGCCUCAUUACGUCAGCAAAAUGCUCUAUUAAGACAGUUGAUCAUGGAACGAGAACGUGAUCUUCGCUUGGAGACUCAGUCUCUUCCUGCAGGUACACAGACUGAUAAAGAUCGGGGUACUCAAACCGAGCCUCAGUACUUAAGACCACCAAGAAGAAGAGUUCAAUCUGAUCUAGAACUAAGCGACGAUGGAUCAGAUGAAGAAAUCGCUAUCAUCAAAGCCAGAGCCAAAAGAAGGCACAGAAUCAUGAAGCCAAGGAAAAUUCGUACUCCUAUUCAAGAGGAAAGUGAGGUGGAGAUGUCGGAGAAGUACGAGUCUUCCUAUCAGCAAUCUAGUAUGGAGAGAAAUGAGGCUAAGAUGCCUCAAAUCAAGCAAACUAGGACCAGUCAGCUGAGGCAAAAACGGGCUAGUAUUGAAUCAAAGUCGUCUUCAACUAGAUCAGCAUUGAGGAAAGACGUUUUGAGAGAGAUCACAGCAUCACUAAACCAGAGCGACGAAGAGGGGUACUUUGAUAAAUACAAAACAUCACCAGAAGAACCAUACUCCGAUGAUAGUCUCGAAGAUAUCAGUCCAAGAUCUGACAAAAUAUAUUUUCAAGCUGAGGCAGCUUCCCAAACACGCCGAAGACGUUCUGAGUCUCUAGACCGCGAACCCCCUCGCAGGAGAUCAGAUACAAGCCUCUCCAGAGCUCGAUACCGAUCAGAAAAUGAUCUAAGAUCCUCUUCGAGCUUUAAGAAGUCUAAAACUGAUCCCAAACUAGGUCUGAAGAAGAGUCAGAGCCAUGCUGAGUUGAGUAGUGCUCCUUUACCCAAAAAAUCCAGGAAGGGUAGUUCUAGGUACAUGGAGUGGUACACUAAGAAUAAGGAUAGUACUCAGAAGGCGCCUAAAGGUGAAAGGAGGAAAUCUGAGACGACUUUGGAGGGGGAAAAGCUUAAGCAACCUGUCGUGGAGUCAAGGUUGUUUAAAGAAACUGUGUCAAGUUCAAAUAAGAAAGCUGAUUCCAGUAAAAAGUCUAUAGGACCUGAGCAUCCUCUGCUUCAACAUUCUGAGCACAGGUUCGAGGUUCGAUACCCGAAGAAGAGGGCAGAGGAGGACGCAGAUAGCGGUAUAGUUCUGAGCAAGCCGGAAAUGGCUCAGAAGAAAAGUGUGUUCACUAUAGCGUACAACGAUAUGCACACCAGACAGCUGAGACCUGAUAGUUCCAUCAACACUCCAUAGAGUUAUUUUGUUAUAUCGUUGAGAUGAGUUUAGGGAAUUUACGUAUAUAAGAUUA